AUGAAGUCUGACUUUAUGUGGCACUUGCAUAGCGUAAGAAAGACAGAAGGGUGGGCACAAUUCUCACAGAUGCGUCCAAUUGCAAUGGCGCCAGCUGUAGCACCACGUAUGCCAAUGUAUCCACCUGGUGGGACAGGUUUAGGUCAACAUAUAUUCUAUGGUCAAGCUCAGCCUACAUUCAUUCCUCCACAGCAAGGUCAACAAGUUCAACACCCAGGUGGCAGGCGUGCUACUGGUCCAGGUCAGCAAAACCAGCAGCCCAUAACCCUAAUGCAGCAACAGAAUGUUCCAGAUGGUUCCAUGAGCGGAAUUGGAGGUGGGGGAAUGGUUUCUGUUCCGUAUGACAUGGGUGGAAUGGCAUUGAGAGACACUGGAAUCACACAACCCAUUCCGAUUGGUGCGUUGGCUUCUGCACUUGCUAAUGCUUCCCCCACAAAACAGAGAACAGUAUAUGCUGCAGUUGUGAAACACAUGGAAACUGUCGCAGGGACUGAAGUAACUUCCAUUAAGGAAGAAGCAGUGAGCAUGAUUCGUCAUCCAAUGGAUGGUGAUAUUCUUUUAGUUUCUGAUAUCAUCAUUUAA